ACUUUUAAUAUCAAAUAUAAAAAGCAAUAUCUAUAACAUUUUAUUACCUAGUAAUUGAAAAUACCAAUACAAGAUGCCCCUGUCGCAAAUUAGAAAUUUUCACUUAAAGAUACAAUUUUUAAUCCACUUUAUUUUUAUGUCGGUCGCCUCUAUGGGUGGAUGGAGUGCAAACGCUUAUCUCUUCUACAAUAGCAUCUUAAUUGUACUUCUCUUGUGGAGUAUUUACCACGAUCAGAGCCACGAACCAAUACAAUUGGCAAUUGUAGUCAACGGCUCUUCUAUACUCUUGGAUAUACUUCUAUUAGUAAUGGCAUUCCCGGGAAGCAAUGAUAGGGCUAGAGAAAAGUUCUCGGCUGCUAUGGCUAUAUUACAUUUAAUCAUCCGGCCUUUCAGCACGAUUUUAUUAAUCAAAAGCCUGGAGGAACGUAGCGGAGCUUCGGGGGUGCUGACGGGUUUAUUGACAGGCAACAGGAGCGAAGGGGCGGAUUCCUACGAGGACAUCGAAAGAGGCUCAUCGGCCGCUCAUUCGUCUGCGAAAGUUGGAAGUUACGAUUUCGCUUCUCCUCAGCCACUGUAAACUUAUUUUAUUUAGAUGUCGCGGUUUUAUUGUAUGUAAUGGUAAAUUUAUUUACUUAUUUUGAAUAAUUUGAGAUCUAAAAAUGUUGGACUUAAUGUUAGUAAUUCUAUAUGUUAUUCAUUGAGUUCUAUAAAAGUAACUUGAGAUUAUUUGUAACGCAACCUGCUUGAAUAAGUAUAUUAGGUAUUAAGUGUUUUGCGUUAUUUGUACAUAUAUUUGUAGUGGUAAUGUACAUAUUUUGUUUGGUUUUUAUUUUCUAUAGUUCUAUAAUCGAUGUUGUAUCGUAAAUGCUAUCUUAUAUUCUGAUAAACACAGUGAUAUCGUCGAA